AUGUCUUGCCAGCAUAAUAGUAACAUUCAGAAAGAAAGAACUUUAUUCUGUUGGAUGAAUGAUUAUAAGCUCCUGCAGAAUGCCUCAGGCAGUAUCAGGGAUGAAAAGGAUGCCCAGGGCUUGAACUUCGAUGUAACCGAAGAAGUGGAGUCUUUAAGAAGUUCCAGCUUGGUUAUAGGAACAAGUAAAACUCUGGGAGCAAUGGAGCGAUUUGAUAAAUGGGACAUGUCAUCUACACUUAAGUUGGAGUCGGCUCUGGAAGAGCGAAUUUCCAGACAGGUCCUCCCAGAGGUUUCUCCGGUCACUCUAGACUGUAAAACAAAAGCCAAACAGAAGUACCAGUCCAACCUGUGGUUAGAAAUUGAACAGCUGAAUAAGGGUACAGUGCAACAAGAUCCAAGUUCAUCUUCGUUGGCACCUUUUAAUACAACCACCAAUGCUGUGGCUCAGUGUGAAACUGAUCCAGUUGAAAACUCAUUUGAACAGAAUCUCGAGAUCAAGUUUUACAUCAGUUCUGGGUCCACAUCUCCAUCCUCACACAGUGGAGAUGAAGCACACUCAAUGAAGGUCGUAGAUUCUGUUCAUCUCCCAGUUCACACACCAACAAUACAGAGAAAGGAACAUCACAGCAGACUCCUCUUUCCAACUAAGAAUAAGACCCACCGGUUCUUCCUCACGUCCUUUACUGAUCCGACCAAGUGUCACCAGUGCACGUCUUUGAUGGUGGGUUUGAUAAGACAAGGCUGCGUCUGUGACGCAUGUGGGUUCUCAUGUCACACAACCUGUGUAGAAAAAGCUCCAAGAGCUUGUCCAGUGCCUUCUCAACAGAAGAACAGUAUCCUCUGUCUAGACCCACAGAAAGCCCUGGGAACAGCCUAUGAAGGCCAUGUCUGGAUUCCAAAGAAAGAAGGGGUGAAAAAAGGAUGGCAGAGAGCCUUGGCUAUAGUUUGUGACUUCAAACUCUUCCUGUAUGACAUAGAUGAAGAAAAAGACUUGAAACCGAAUGUCAUACUGAGUCAUGUGAUUGACAUGAGGGUCUUGCUUCUCCUUCAGGGAUGGAGUAUUUUCUGUCAGUUCCGUCUGGCCCUCUGAUUUUAUUCCUGUGAGGGGAAAGGAAAUGUUCCAUGUGUUUAA